GCCCAUACGCAUUUUAUAUGCACUUAUGCAGCAACAGAACAUUUGAAAGAGAAUUGACUAUUAUAUAUUCAGAAACUUAUUGGAAUCUGGAACUCCAAAACGAUCAUCUUCAACCUAGUUUCCCUCCAACUGCUCUCUCAGUGAAGGAUCUUAAUGGUUGAAGAAUCACAAAGGAUAUUAAAGUAAAUAUGAGCACACUCUCAAAUGCCUUUUCUCUGCUAGAACUGGAUGUUGAGGAUGAUAGGGAAGAGACAACCAAUGCUACUGAUAAUAAAAAGAAAGCCAAUGGUAACCAUGAUAAAGAAACUGAUAGUCUUCAAGAUGCAACCCUAAUUAAGAAUGAUAAAGGCACUCGUCAAACCCUAGACAUGUUAGAAGGAGAAUAUAGGUUGCCUCUUGUGUGGAUUGACUUGGAAAUGACAGGAUUGAAUAUUGAAGUAGAUAGAAUACUGGAGAUUGCUUGUGUGAUCACAGAUGGGAAGUUGACAAAAUCUGUAGAGGGUCCUGACUUGGUUAUACAUCAAACAAAAGAGUGUCUUGAAAAGAUGGGUGAAUGGUGUCAAGAUCAUCAUGCUGCAAGUGGUUUGACUGAAAGGGUGAUCCAAAGUUCCAUCAGUGAAAAAGAAGCUGAACAGCAGGUUGUAGAUUUUGUCAAGAAACAUGUGGGCACAUAUACUCCUCUGCUUGCAGGAAAUUCAAUUUAUGUCGAUUUCCUUUUCUUGAAGAAGUACAUGCCUGAUUUGGCUAGUCUUUUCUCUCAUGUAGUUGUUGAUGUUAGCAGCAUUAAGGCUUUAUGUCUCCGUUGGUUCCCAAGAGUAUUUUAUUGGUUCACAGAUAACAAGAAAGCUCCAAAGAAGGAGAACAGGCAUAGAGCCAUGGAUGACAUAAAAGAAAGCAUAGCGGAGCUGAAAUUCUACAAGGAAAAUGUAUUCAAAUCAUCAAAGUCUAAGAAGUAAAACACCAGUCACAUGUAUGAAGCCUUGAUGAAUGUUGGCUUUUUAAGUUUGUUAAAAUGAUCACAAUAUUGAUGAAGAGUGAUCAUGUAGCUAGCAGUUGGUAGAAAACACUAUGUUCUAUAACUGUGUUAUCUUUAAAUUUUAAAUUUAGCACUCCAAGUGUAACUUUAUUUUAAAAAAAAAAAGAGGCAUGCUUGUGUUUGA